UGCAGAAGCCAAAGAUGUUGACCAGAAAGAUUAAACUCUGGGACAUAAAUGCCCACAUCACGUGCCGCCUGUGCAGCGGAUAUCUCAUCGACGCAACCACAGUGACCGAGUGUCUGCAUACGUUCUGUCGGAGCUGCCUGGUCAAGUACCUGGAGGAGAACAACACCUGCCCCACGUGCCGGAUCGUCAUCCACCAGAGCCACCCACUGCAGUACAUCGGUCAUGACAGAACCAUGCAGGAUAUUGUUUACAAGUUGGUUCCAGGCCUCCAAGAAGCGGAAAUGAGAAAACAGAGGGAAUUCUACCACAAAUUAGGCAUGGAAGUGCCUGGAGACAUCAAGGGGGAGACUUGUUCUGCAAAACAACACUUAGAUUCCCAUCGGAAUGGUGAAACCAAAGCAGAUGACAGUUCGAACAAAGAAACUGCAGAAGAGAAGCAGGAGGAGGACAAUGACUAUCACAGAAGCGACGAGCAGGUGAGCAUCUGUCUGGAAUGCAAUAGCAGCAAACUGCGGGGCUUGAAACGGAAAUGGAUCCGCUGCUCAGCCCAAGCCACGGUCCUGCAUCUAAAGAAGUUCAUCGCCAAAAAACUCAACCUUUCGUCCUUCAACGAGCUGGACAUUUUGUGCAACGAGGAGAUCCUGGGCAAGGACCACACACUCAAAUUUGUGGUUGUCACGAGGUGGAGAUUCAAGAAGGCGCCGCUUCUGCUGCAUUACAGACCCAAGAUGGACUUGCUGUGAGAGGCGGGCGGCGCAGCGGGACGCGGCCCUCGCACCCGGGGCCCAGGCGAGCACGUGGCCGGGCAGGCCCACGACCACGCUUGAGAAUGUUGCCUCUGGGUGUCGUGUGGACCAGACUUCUGAAUAGAGAGUAUUUAUAACUUUUGUAUGAGAGAGAAUUCCCACUCAAGCAGACACUACCAGCACCACGUCACAGAUGAUGAAACGCUUCACAGCCGCACGUCGCUUGGCAGCUCCUG